UCGCCGUUCAACGAAGUCCCGUGGCCGAUGAACGUCAGACAAAAGCGAAAUUCAUAGCUGAAUAGUUGUAUUAGCAAACGGGAAGACAAGAAGCUACCAUCCGCCAACUAUAAACUCGCUAGCUUAGCAGUAAAAAAAAAAGACAGAAGUAAAAGAUAAAGAUCAACAAGCGGUAGUUGAUUACUCUGGUCUAGAUGAUCACGUCUGACGACACUGAGGCGGAAGCCGGAAGUAAAAACAACAACCGGUUUGUUUCAUAUUCAGAGCUUCUUCUUUUUUUCAAAGAGCACUACGAUAUACAAUGGACGUGGUGGAGACCAAACUCACAGGGUCCCCUGGGCCCAAAGGUAUCCAUGGAGACCAAGUAAUGCAGACCCUGAGGAGGGUGAAGCAGGAGGACUGUGGGCCCCUAACAACACCCCUAACAACGUACCUGAGUUUUGCUCAUGUGAAAACAGAAGAAGAGGAGGAAGAGAUAUGGGGUGUGGCUCACCCAAGUACAGGGUUGUUCAACGUCAAGAAGGAGGAAGAGGAAGAAGCCAUAGUAUAUCCUAUACAGUCUAAUGACAACCCAAGCCCUACUUCUGACAUUACCAGCCACAGUUCUGACGACUCCAGCCCUGACAAUGGUCCUAGAGCCACCCCUGACAAUGGUCCUAGAGCCACCCCUGACAAUGGUCCUAGAGCCACCCCUGACAAUGGUCCUAGAGCCACCCCUGACAAUGGUCCUAGAGCCACCCCUGACAAUGGUCCUAGAGCCACCCCUGACAAUGGUCCUAAGCCACCCCCGACAAGAACAACCCCCAGCGACCCCAGGUCUGGCCCUGCCAGUGGAGGGGCAUCGGACAAGGACCCUGCAUCCAGAGAGGAAGAGGAGAGGAGCCCCCAGAUCUCAGCAAACCCAGGGACUAAGCCCAACAAGACCAAAGGCGGUCAUCAGAGGCCGUUCCCCUGCUCUAGGUGUGGGAAGCGUUUAUCCACCACUGUUAGCUUAGACAAACACCAGGUCAUCCACACCCGACUGAGACCGUACCCCUGCUCCGUACCGGCCUGCGCCAAGAGGUUCUGCUCACCAGCCGAGUUGAAGAGACACACACUCACACACACAGGAGAGAGACCCUUCCCCUGUCCAGACUGUGACAAGAGCUUCACCAUACUGGCUGCUUUAAAGACCCACCAGAGAACACACACAGGAGAGAGACCUUACGUCUGUGAGGUGUGUGGAAAGGGCUUCGCCCAAACGGGGAACCUGAAAUCCCACGAGCGCAGGCACACCGGAGAGAGACCGUUCUCCUGCUCCUUCUGUGGGAAGACCUUUGUAGAGUCUGGCCAUCUGAAGAAGCACCAGCGUAUCCAUACAGGAGAGAAGCCGUACCACUGCAGCAGCUGCCCCAUGAAGUUCCCUUCCUCCAGCGAGCUCCGGGUCCAUGAGAAGAUCCACAGCCAGGAGAAACCUCACAGCUGUUCCUACUGCGACAAGGCAUUCAAACAGCUGUCCAACCUCAAGCUCCACCAGAGAAUACACUCUGACCAGAAGCCUUACGCCUGCUCCUACUGCGACAAGACCUUCCGUGCUCAGGGGACCUUAAAGGUGCACCUGAGGACUCACACAGGAGAGAGGCCUUACCCCUGCUUCGACUGUGACAAGCGUUUCAUCACGUCCUCAGAGUUGAAGGUGCACCAGAGGAUUCACACGGGAGAGAAGCCCUUCUACUGCUACGACUGUGGGAAGAGUUACUAUCAGCUGAAGCAGCUGAAGGAACAUAUGAAGUUCAACCCGGACCACAGCACCACACGUAGCGGACUCAGUAACAUAGAGGACGAGGACAAGCUCUACUCUACGUCACGUGAUGAUGUAACGAUGUCUUGAUUUAUUUGUUAUUUUAUUUAACUAGGCAAGUCAGUUAAGAACACAUUUUUAUUUAUAAUGACGGCCCACCCCGGCCAAACCUGAACGAUGCUGGGCCAAUUGUGUGCCGCACUAUGGGACUCACAGU